GAGGCUUUGCAGCUUUUGAAAUCUUGAUUGACGAAACCUCCCACAAUGCCGUCCUUCCCGCUGACGCUAAGUGUCGCUCUGGGCCGUCUGGUGGCAUCACGUUCCCUUUGCCCCUCCUCUUGCACAGCGACGUUGGACGGGUCUUCUUUUCCCUGCCGCUAUCAUGGCAACAACUGCAUGGUCAGCGUAAGCCCAAGUGCAGCCCGGUCCUCUGCUGAGGACAUCAAUGUGGCGGUGAUCAAUCCCUACGUCGGUGGCCUCGGAGAUCUCAUGACUAUGGUGGAGCCCUCCAUCGCACAAGCGUUACAGGACAUCGAGGAGAGCAACUUCCUCCCGGGCUACCGCCUCAACGGCUACGUCGUGGACUCCAAGUGCAGCGUGCCGGAUGCCACAAGCGCCGCCAUCGCAGCGAUGACCACGGGCCCCGCGAAGCACGUGGUCUUCGGGGACUCCUGCAGCGCCGCCUGCGAAGCGGUGAACGACGCCCUGCGGCACUUCAACGUGAUGCAGGUUGGGCCUGGAUGCGUGUCGGUGAGCUUGAGCGACAGCACCCGAUUCCCAUACUUCACUCGGAUGGCUCCAUCCUUCCGAUUCAACGUGCAGACCGUUUACGAGAUCUUCAAGUUCUUGGGUUUUCGCCGAGUUGGCGUGGUUUACGGAUACAGGAGCAUCAACGUGCUGGCCAAGGAUCUCUUCCUGGAGCUGAUGUCGGGCGACAACAGCGCGGGAAGCUACUCCUGGACUCCUCUCUACACCCACCGGGUGGAGCUGCUGCAAGAUGCGCAAAGUGCCGUUGAAGAGGCUCGCCGGACGGAUGCCCGGAUCAACUUCAUGGCUCUCUAUGAAGCGGAGGGCUCCAUGGUUCUUUGCCAGUGCCACAAGAAGAACAUGCUGACUCCAGACUAUAACUGGUUUGUGGCUUCUGGCUGGUGGAAUCAGAAUUUCAUCCUUCUGACGGCGGACACUGAAAAGAGCCCCUGCUCCGUCUCCGAGUUGCAGCGGGCUGCCUACAGUCUCAUCGCCAUUGACCGAGGGCCCAUGCUGGAUACCUCGGAGCUUCACAGCUUGUCCGGCCGACCUUUGUCUGAGCUCUACGCAGAGUACACCGGCGCUUGCCAAGGUUUCGCCAACGGCAAGGGCGUGUGCAACCACCAGUUGGCCGGUUACUUCUACGAUGGCGUUUGGCUCAUAGCGUCCAUUCUGCAUACAUACCUUGUUGAGCAAAACAGGUCUAUCGCAGACUUGGGCACCGAGGAGUCACGGCAAGCCCUGUACGACCUCUCCUUGUCCACUGACUUCUACGGCCAGACCGGCCGUGUUCGCCAGUUCAACAGCGUGGGGCCGAAGACCGCGCCGCCCUCCCACGGGGACCGGGACGGCAUCGUGCUGCUGCGCCAGGCCACGGGCCCCGCGGAGGGCGCCUUUGUGAAGCUGGCCUUCCGCACCGAGGCCGGUUUCGACUUCCAGACAGACAUCAAGUGGAGCCCAGAUGACACCAGCCGGAUGGUCUCCUGCAGCGGUGCCUGUGAUUUGGCCAACGCCUGGGUGCCCGCUGACCGAACUGCCCAGUGCCCCGCGGGAAGGAUCUGGAUCAACGAGGAGGGCUGCGUGCAGUGCGCCGCGGGCUCCUUCGCCGCGCUGUCCGCGAGCAGCUGCCAGCCGUGCGCGGCGGGGAGCUUCAGCAACGCCAGCGGCGUCAGCGUGUGCCAUGGCUGUUCCCCUGGGAAGUAUCAGCCCUUUGCUGGGCAGACGGACUGUGAGGAGUGCAUUGAAGGCCACUACGAGGACCAGCCAGGCAGCACUUACUGCCCCAAGUGUGCAGAGGGCACCUACGCGGCAGACCAUGGCCUGACACAAUGCACAGCUUGCCCUGCGGGCCGCUCCAGCGACUUCGAGGGCGCCGCCUCGCCGGAGAUGUGCCUCUGCCCCGCGGGCCAGCGCCUGGAUGGCGCCCAGUGCCUGGAGUGCGGCGUGAAGGAGGUGUGCCUGGGUGGCAAGGUGGUGGGCUCCCGGCCGUCGCCGGAGGAAUGGAUCGCCGCAGUGGAGCUCGCCGCGAUCCUUCAGGCUCAGGGGGAGUCCAUGGCCAAGUACUUCUUGCUGAUCGCCAAGGGCAUCGAGCCCUCGGCCAACAAGGCUUUCAUGCUGGGUUUGAUGGACACUUACAACUCCAGCCUCACCGCUCUGCUGCAUGGGGACCCGCAGCUGAAGGUGCCGGCCGACCCCGGCGAAGAGGCGGCGGCAGCGGUUCAACAGGCCUUAGCACAGUGGCUGGCUUUUCGCGCCCUCCUCAACGAGAGUGUGGACACCGUGGUGCAGGGUGGCUUCGCCAACAGUGCGGUGGUGCAGGCGGUAGCCCGGUCGGCCGAGGACCUCUACGUAGCCGUGGAGGGGAUCUCCAGCAGCCUGAGAGUGGCGGCAGAGUCUGCGGGUGCCUAUCUGAGCGGAUUGCUGGUGGAGAUCGCCGCGCGGCAGCGCACGCUGAUCCAGCGCAUCUGCAAGGUAGCGUUGUUGGUGGCGCACAGUGUGAAUCUGGGGCAGUCCAGGGCGAUCUUGCAAGAAGUGUCCUCGCUCUACGAAGAGUCCAGGGAGGGGAUCGUCUUUGGCAUCCGCGUGGCAGGGGUGCCUGCACUGACGGAAAUGUGCACCAUGCGCCAGAUGCGGGAGGUGAGCUUUUACUACCAGCAGGUGAGGCCGUUUACUCGGGAGAUCCUGAACGCCCAGAGUAACUCUGAAGCCUCGCGCAUAGCUUCCGCGGUGGUGGCAAAUAUGUCCACUUUUGUCGACCCUCUCUACAGCGCCAUGGUGGAGGCCGUCAAGCUUUACGUCAACGACACCGGGUCUUGCAACCCCUUUGCAACCACCACCUUCGACGAGUGGUGGGCCUUGACCUUGGGCAUCUGCGACACCCGCAUCGGGCUGCAGAGCUCCCUGCGCUUCUUCAUGCAGAUCGCCAACGGGCUGGCAGUUCAAGAAAGCAAAGUGGAGCUUACGGUGGUUGUGUCUGCGCAGACACAACUUUUGCGAGACUUGGUGACGGGCAACAAGCUGGAUAACAUGCCGUCGCCGGUGACCCAAGAGAUGCUGAACCAGCUGAUCGAAGCGCGGGCGGGAUGGUCGGCCUUGAUGGAGGGCUUGGAGGAAGCCAUCCAGCUGGACGAGCUUCCGCAGGUGGAUGUCUUCCGGGGCAUCAUCUUGGGCAACGCCCAAUUUUCUCGGCUGAUGAAUGCCAUGGAGCUUCUGGUGCAGGCCGUCGGCACUGCUGGGUCUCUGGUUGAGACCCGCAUCCUUGACCUCACCCAUCGCCAGCAGCACCGGCUUCAUCAGAUCCCCGUGAAGGCCUACCAGAUUCUCCUCGGAUAUGAGGUGGACACCAGCUGGCAAGAGCUGAAUGCCAGCAUCGCGGACUACCGCUUGGCGCAGCGCCAGAUGGUCCUCGGAGCCCCGGCCAGCGGCAACAUCAAAGAGCUUGUGCCGGUGACCAACAUCUGCGUUGUACGUAUGUUUGCCGCCGCCUUCUCUGUCUAUCAUCGGAUUGAGGAGGCUUGCUACGACCUGGCGCGGGGCAACCGCGCGCGGGUGAACGACAUAAAUGUCUUCGUGCCGGCGGCACUGGCCGAGAUGGAGCUCGCGUCACAUGCGCUGGAGCAUUUCUACGACGGCCGCCAAGAGGCCGUCUGCGAGAAUCUCACCUUGAGCGUGGACGAGUGGAGCAAGCUGAUGGCUGCGACCAUGUCGCUGGGCGGCCUCAGCCAGGACGUGAUCACCGCUUUCACGCUGGCCUCGGAGGUCCAAGGCCCCUCAGAGCAGCAGGGCGUCACAGCAGCGCUGGAGGAGCUGACGGCGGCCAUGGAGCGAUUAGUCAUGGGCUACCCGAGUUCCCACGUUCCCACGCAGCCCACACAGAAGCUGUUCAACCAGGUCCUCCAGGUGCUUCUGCCGGCGAAGGAGGCCCUGCACGACGCCGUUUCGCAGCUGACGGUUUCGCAGGCGAUGGCUCGGGCCAACGCUUUGCUGGAGACGACCAAGACCUUGGCGGCCACCUACCGGGCCGAAGGGCAGCGGAGCGACGGCCUGUGGCAGGGGCUCCGGGUCGAGAAGUUGAUGUGGCAGUCCGUGCUGGCCAAGAAGCUCUUGAAGGAGGCAACGCUGACCAGGUACAGUGUGACCGUUUCCACGAGCGCGACGGUCUUAGAGUUUGAGACCGCGCUCGCGCAUUUGAAGGAUGGAGGUGGGGGCAUUGAGCCCAUCAUCCCGGAGCGGAAGGAGCUGUUAGAUCAGUGGGAGUUGGUGAAUGGUGCCUGGACCAGAUUCAAGUCGGCGAGCGAGAAGAUGGAUGCGUCGAUGGACCCGGCUCUGGAGGAGCUGUUGAUCCAACUGGAGGCGGCUAUUCCCUUGUUCGCGGUACAGGACAUCAAGUCCGAGACGACAGUGCCUUGGGUAUUCUAUGUAGCAUACUGCGUCUUGGGGCUGGUGUUACUCUCCUGCUCCUGCGUCGCCUGCUACUUGGCCAGGACUGCGCUGCGCAAGAAGGCAGCGCAUGGUGGGCCUGCAGUCUAGCCGCGUGUGUGCUGACAUGACAGCCCACCCUUUUUUCUGGG